UGUCCGAAUAAAAUCCGAAAGAAUAAACGAAACGCAAGAUCAAAAGCACCCCGAAGCCCUCCAUUAAGCCAAUCCGAUCCGAUGUAAGCCACUGCAGUAUAGAUCGGGCUUCCCGCCUCUGGUAUUCCGCGACAGCCUUCUAAAUUUUGAAAUGCAUUAUUCUAACAUCACAUAAGGUCCAACAAUGCUUACCGAACGAGAACAACAAGGGCUCGCCAAGAUCAUCGGUGCCUUGGAGCUACCGGACGUAAUCGCGCUAGCGCAAACAGUCACCUGCAAGCAGAUAAAGCUCACCGACCGAUCAGAGGCCGAGCGCGCCAUCCUCUCCGGCACGCAAAGCCCCGCCGACCUGCUGAGACGCAAGAAGAUCUUGCGGGAGCUUCUGUUCCGCUACCUCUGGAGCGAGAGUGUCUUCGUGGCACCGGCGCUCGCCAAGUCGGACCUCAUCCAUGCAUGCCUGCAGCACUGGCAGGCUUUACCCGACGGCACCUUCAAGUCGGAGGGCCAGUUUCCGCAGGACGACGGCAAGGAGGGCGUGUCCUCUGAGAGCAGCUUCCAGGAGAAGCUGGGACUGGAGUUCACCAACUGGUUCUUUGCCCAGCUCAAUGCGGAGUCGGACAAGCUGGGUCACCAGCACUUCUUCUCAAACUGCAGCCUCAAGGUACACUGCUUCGAGGUGGCCGCGGCGCAGGACAGCAGCCCCUCCAACCUCCUGUCAAUCCGCGGCUCCGAAGCCGCCUCCCGGUUCCUGUGGCAGCUCGCCGGCGGAUCCCGGCGCAUGUUCCACCCGAACAUCCGGUCCGUCAAGUGCCAGGUCGAGGACCACGGGAUGGCGCGGAUCCAAGUGAGCGGGGUCAUCCACGAAUACCGCAGCUGUGUCGGGCUCUUCGACUGCACGUUCGGACUGGUCCGCGACCCGGCGGCGGCCGCGCACGAGACCGACAUCUGGAAGCUCCAGUUCGUCGAAGUCCGACUCCGAGUGUCGAGACUGGGUUCCGUGACGGCGGCCGUGGUGUCUACGAGCGCGCAGAAUGACGUUUCGAUGGACCUCGAGUGCUCGUAGCGGGAACGCCUCCGUUCAAGAACAGGGGAGUCGUUCCCGGGGAAGCGGAGCAACGGGAACGUUUCGGCACGAGCGGAAGAACGUGAAUCUGACCGUCGGGGGGGGGGGGGGGGAGGGGGGGGGGGGGGUUGUGGUGGUUUGGGGUUUGAGAGAAAAAUAGUUUCUGCGUCAACAUGUCGGGUGGGGUGCCCACAUGAUUUUCCCCAUUUGCUUUUACAAUAGCAUCCCUCUACAGAAAAAAACGGUAUAACAAAGAUAUGAUGAUCAUAGUUAGGGUUCCAUGUUUUCUUGGUUUAUUUUUUGUUCGGAUUUUGGCCGUAAUCUUUUUGGGUCUUUUUUCUUUUCACCCCGCAGGUUUGGUGGUUUUUUAGAUCAGUUUCUCGGGAAAGAAUGCGGCGUUUAUCGGGGUUUAUGUUGAAGGAAUCAAAGCCGGCGAUUUGCCCGUCUCCGUUAAAGUGUUUGAUUUUGAAAUAUGCCAAUGGAUGGCGACACCAGAGUAUUGUCGAGACCGAUUAUAAUGAAGUCAACGGGAAUGUGAAAUCACUUCGCUCUAUCCGCUAUUUCGUUAUAUAAUCGACUUCGGUUAGCGAAGUGCAAAAUGAAAUGGGAAAUAGUGAUCGCUUCGCUUUAGCCGCUAUUUCGCUAUAACUGACGUCGUUAGAACUGAUCUCGACAGUACUUCGAUAUGGUACUGGUCACGAAUUUCCUCCGUAACACUGUGGGAGAGCUUUGUAUGCGACCAUGUGCGGUGCCAGCAUCAGAAGGGGGCUAGGAGCCACCAAUCUGGCACCGCUGGCAGUCUGGCAACCAGAAAGUAAUAUCGGAAUUUAGAACCCAAUCUGAAUUGAGGCACCAAUAGACCGCGAAAUUACACUGACAGCGUUUCUUGUUAAUCUGAGCAUCUUGAGCUCGGUACACUCAGUCAUCAGACCAAACUUUUACACAAUGUUCCCCAGAAUAAUACCAUUCUUCAUUCCCUUUUUUGCCUCAAAAUCAAUUCUUAAUACCGAUAUCGCCACCAAACUUCAGCACCGCAAGUAGCACCAUCAAGUACCUGCACUGCGAACCUGUAAGUGGCUGGCUCUUUUCCGCUUACAAAAAUGCCAUUUUGUUUAAAAACAAACGAAAAAGAAAAGCAUAUUUGUAAGUCUUGAUGCUAGAGAUCAAUAAAGAAUGAUCAAUGCGUGCUUACAGUGAUUAAUUACAGGCAGAACAAAGCGUUGCCAUACGGGAGAUUGUUUUUUUUGAAAACUACUUAUCAUCUCAAAUUUGGGGUGGCUCACUGAGAGGGGGGUGAAAAACAAAAAUGCCUCAUUAUGAGUAGUAGUGCCCUUGGCCGCGGUCGUUGACCCUGUACCAAACUUUGUCCGAAGUUUAAUGACCAGUGGCGUAUUGAAGGACUCUGGCGAUGCUAUUACACCCCGUGUGUUCUGUUUCGUACUUCUGACGCUAAUUGUGACAGUUGCAUAGAGCAGAAUUCGUCAAGGCAAUGCCACGUCAGCGAAGUUCUAGGCACAAGCGGAUGCUGAUGGAGUAUGAGGAAUCUGCGAUCAAUAUUUGCGCGCUUCUGUGGUUUCAGCAGUUUUAUAUCUGCAAAGCUCUUUUGGCUGGAUCGCAUUCACAUACUGUUCACUAUCAAUUUAAAACAAAAAUUACGAGGGUGAUUCAAAUGAAAACCUUGAAAGUGCAGUAAUAUUCCGAAAAGUCGUACGAUUGAUUUGGUAAUUGGCAGGAGUAAUCCUUGGGAUUCAAAGAAUGACCAACAGGUGGUAGCAUGUUGCAUCAGCACAGAUGAACGAAGCAGCAUUGGUGCAAAGAUGGUUGUCCCAUUGUUGACAUGCACUGAGUUAGAGCAGUGAUCUGUGAUGCGUUUUUGGAGUAGCGAAGUUGUUAAACCAGCUGAAAUUUAUGGCAGGAUGAAAACUCAGUACGGUGAUCUGUAUCUGUCUCUGCAGCAAGUGUAUGAGUGGACCAGAAAGGUUCAAAGCGGCUUAGCUUCUGUGGAGGACGCCCUGCGACCAGGCCUGGCACACCAGAUAGUGACAAACGAAAACAUUGCCGCAGUGGAAGCACUUGUUAGGGAAAACAGACGUGUUACUGUGGUGGGAAUAGCCUUUAUUUUGAAUAUCAGUGCUGGUUCAGCACGCAAUAUGUCCAUGAUGACUCAAAGAUGUUAUGGGAGGCAAGCAUUUCACAAGCGAUGAAAAGGUGAAAGCCAUAGUGCACGAGUGAUUUCAGUCGCAACCAACAGAAUUUUUCUCACAAGGUAUCUUUGCACUUCUGGAGUGGUGGAACAUGUGCAUUGCACGUCAUGGGGACUACCUACGUCGAAAAAUAAUAUAUGUAUAUAAUUUUUCUGCAUUUCCUCGUUUGCCUUAUAAUAAAGAAAUCAGGUUUUCGAUUGAAUCACCCUUGUACCUUCCACUAUCGCAUGCUUCAAGAGUCAUUAAGCUUUCCCUCUGGACCCACGGGUGGUACUAGUUCGUUAGAAAUGGGGCUCAGAAUACUGCGUUGUUAAGGGCGACGACACAGUGGAAGUUUUUGGUUCUCCUUGGUUUUGAGAAAACCUGUUCAAGGAUUUCUUUUCAGGGUUUCUCAGUAUCUACCAGAAACAUGGAACCCUAAUUGUAGCGAAGCAAAACUUAAAAAUGCUUUAAAUGAUACGGGUACAGACAUUUGAGGUAUUGAGGUAGUAACGACUUUUUCUGAAAAAAAGCUUACUGUACUAUAGAGAGGUUCCGUUGUAGGAAGGCUAUUCGUUCACGAGCUGAACUAAAAGAUGCUUCGUGGUUUGCCAGCUGACCUUCGAGUGAUGAUGUAAUUGACGCUAAAUAAGGUAUGCACGUGUCUUGCUCGUUGGGCUAUUUCGGUGAGGCCUCGCAAGCUGGUCGAGCAAUGGCACGUCAGUCAAACGACUUUCUUGGCGAAACCUAGCUGUGACUGCUGACGCUGUACUCGUACGCCAGCGUAUGUGCUCGUUGUGCUGCUUUCCAGGAGUUGUAGUUGUCAUGCCCCGCAACAAAAGUCCCACGUUUUUGCUAAUCACGAAGGAUUUCUUUUUGUGCUGUUCGUCAAAGACCUGGCAUUUUUGUUCACUACAAUAUUUUUUAUGCCCUGUAACAAAAAACUGAUGGUAUUGAUAGUCUUAGUACUUGCAAAAACCUCUCUUUAUAAAAGUGUUGUUUUCUUUCAAAAGCCUAACAUUCUUCAUAAGAGUCUCUUCAUUCUUUGACAAAAGCUUUACAUUGUUACUUACUAAUAUCUUUUUAUGUUGACUGCCUGACAUAAACUGAGUUGUCGGCUUCAUGCUGUUCAGAAGCCCAUAAAUCUAUAAAUCAUCCAUGCUUGAAUUUAGGAUUAAGCUUGCUGUCCCUAUGUAGGCUGAAGUUAUGCAUUACUCAUUUUGUUCAUUAGUUUGUCCCUGUGCUGUUUUCUGCAGGGUUAAGAUAAACCUGAACUGUUCCCAAUAGCUCUUUGCUGUGCGAAAGAGAAAUAGAAUGUUGAGUGUUGCAUUUAAUCAGCAAGCUAGAUUGAGUUUUCUUAGCUGAGUUACUGCCGAUUGUUCCUCGCUGUUCUUGAGUCGAUCGCAUAAUAAAGAUCAUGAAGUACAA